AUGAGGUGGCAGAGCGGCACUCAGUUUAGAGGGCUCCGGCCGGCGGCGGCCCCAUGGACAACCCUGCUGGUGCUGGGCCUCCCCGGUUGGGUGUUGGCUGUCUCGGCCACAGCUGCUGCUGUGGUCCCUGAGCAGCAUGCGACCUCAGCUGGCCAGCCGCCCCUGGACUGGCUGCUCUCGGACCGGGGGCCCUUCCACCGCGCUCAGGAGUACACUGACUUCGUGGAGCGGUACCGCCAGGGGUUCACCACCAGGUACAGGAUCUACAGGGAGUUUGCCCGUUGGAAAGUGAACAACUUGGCUCUGGAAAGGAGAGACUUCUUCACUUUGCCACUGCCUCUUGCCCCAGAGUUUAUCCGGAAUAUCCGCCUCCUGGGAAGGAGACCCAACCUGCAACAGGUUACCGAAAACCUGAUCAAAAAGUACGGCACCCAUUUCCUACUUUCAGCCACCCUUGGAGGAGAAGAGUCUCUGACCAUUUUUGUGGACAAGCGGAAACUGAGCCGAAAGACAGAAGCAGCAGGAAGUGCCCCUACAGCUGGUGGCAGUGGGAACAGCUCAGCUGUGUCCCUGGAGACCCUGCAUCAGCUGGCAGCCUCCUACUUCAUCGACAGAGAGAGCACCCUGCGGAGGCUGCAUCAUAUCCAGAUAGCCACAGGGGCCAUCAAGGUCACGGAGACCAGGACCGGCCCUCUGGGCUGCAGCAACUACGACAAUCUGGACUCGGUCAGCUCAGUCCUGGUGCAAAGUCCGGAGAACAGAGUGCAGUUACUCGGCCUGCAGGUACUGCUGCCUGAGUACCUGCGUGAGCGCUUCGUGGCUGCAGCGCUGAGCUACAUUACAUGCAGCUCAGAGGGCGAGCUCAUCUGCAAGGAGAAUGACUGCUGGUGCCAGUGCAGUCCCACCUUCCCCGAGUGCAACUGUCCUGAUGCUGACAUCCAGGCCAUGGAGGACAGCCUGCUGCAGAUCCAGGACUCCUGGGCCACUCAUAACCGGCAGUUUGAGGAGUCAGAGGAAUUCCAAGCCCUGCUGAAAAGGCUGCCUGAGGACAGGUUCCUGAACUCCACAGCCAUCUCCCAGUUCUGGGCCAUGGAUGCUGGCCUCCAGCACCGCUACCAGCAGCUGGGAGCCAGCUUGAAAGUGUUGUUCAAGAAGAUGCAUCGGAUCGUCAGCCGGCUCUUCAACCUCUGCAAACGCUGCCACCGGCAGCCUCGCUUUCGUCUGCCCAAGGAACGGUCCUUGUCUUACUGGUGGAACCGAAUCCAGUCCUUCCUCUACUGUGGAGAAAGCACCUUCCCUGGCACCUUCCUGGAGCAGAGCCACAGCUGCAGCUGCCCCUAUGAUCAAUCUUCCUGCCAGGGCCCCAUCCCAUGUGCCUUGGGUGAAGGGUCUGCCUGUGCCCACUGUGCCCGGGACAACAGUACACGCUGUGGGGGCUGCAAUCCAGGCUACGUGCUGAUCCAAGGGCUGUGCCGGCCAGAGGUGGCUGAGUCCCUUGAGAAUCUCCUGGGGCUGGAAACAGACCUGCAGGACCUGGAGUUGAAGUACCUGCUGCAGAAGUGGGACAGCCGCAUUGAGGUGCACUCCAUCUUCAUCAGCAAUGACAUGCGCCUGGGCAGCUGGUUUGACCCCUCUUGGAGGAAGCGCAUGCUGCUCACCCUGAAGAGCAACAAGUACAAGCCUGGGCUUGUGCAUGUGAUGCUGGCUCUGUCCCUGCAGAUCUGCCUCACCAAGAAUAGCACCCUGGAGCCCGUCAUGGCCAUCUACGUCAACCCCUUUGGAGGCAGCCACUCUGAGAGCUGGUUCAUGCCCGUGAAUGAGGCCCACUUCCCGGUCUGGGAAAGGACUAACGUGGACGCGGCUGCCCAGUGCCAGAACUGGACAAUCACCUUGGGGAACAGGUGGAAGACCUUCUUUGAGACAGUCCAUGUUUACUUACGGAGCCGAAUCAAGUCCCUGGAUGACAGCUCCAAUGAGACUAUCUACUAUGAGCCCCUGGAGAUGACAGAUCCCUCCAAGAACUUGGGCUACAUGAAAAUCAACACCUUGCAGGUCUUCGGUUACAGUCUGCCCUUUGACCCAGACGCCAUCCGGGACUUAAUCCUCCAGUUGGAUUACCCGUACACUCAAGGCUCCCAGGACUCUGCCCUCUUGCAACUCAUAGAGCUUAGGGACCGGGUUAACCAGCUAUCUCCACCUGGCAAAGUCCGGCUGGACCUUUUCUCCUGCUUGCUCCGGCACCGGCUCAAGCUGGCAAACAAUGAGGUGGGCAGGAUCCAGUCCUCCCUGAGAGCUUUCAAUUCCAAGCUGCCAAAUGCUGUGGAGUAUGAGACAGGCAAACUCUGUAGCUAA